CAAAAGUACAGUCAAUGUCAUUAAUAAACAAUCACAAACCGAGUGACUUUCUUACAAUUAUUUUGUCUUCUGGUUACCGAUAGACUUUUUUGUGAAUGUUAAAUAUAAUGUGCUAAGUUAAAAUAAGUGUAAAAAUCAACAGAAAAUUUGAAAAUUGUCAAAGACAAUUGCUCGAGAAUACAACAUAACCUAAAACAGAUUGUUUUGAUAUAUUUUCAUUACAACAUGCGGUACGCACAACUAGUUGUAGGCCCUGCCGGCAGUGGAAAAUCUACAUACUGCUCAACAAUAGUGAAACAUGCAAGUGAUGCUAAGCGAAUAGUUGAGGUGGUGAACUUGGAUCCGGCCGCUGAACAUUUUGAUUAUGAGCCCCUGGUUGAUAUUAGAGAGCUGAUACACCUGGAUGAUGCCAUGGAAGAUGAUGAGCUGCAGUUUGGACCUAAUGGUGGACUGGUGUUUUGUGUAGAAACUCUUCUAGAAAACUGUGACUGGCUCGAAGAGCAGUUAGGUGAUGUGGAUGACGACUACCUCCUGUUUGACUGUCCUGGUCAGAUAGAGCUGUACACACACCUGCCCGUCAUGAGGAAGCUGGUGGACCUGCUUCAGAAGUGGAACUUCAGGAUAUGUGUUGUCUUCAUGGUGGACUCACAAUUCAUGAUCGAUGGAGCUAAAUUUUUAUCAGGCACAAUGGCAGCACUUAGUGUUAUGGUAAAUCUAGAAUUACCUCAUGUUAAUAUUCUUACGAAAAUGGACCUGCUCAGCAAAUCAGCUCGGAGACAGAUUGAUGACUACUUAGACCCCGAUCCACACGUGUUACUAGCAGACAUGAGAAACGCAAAAUCAAAAUGGCACGAAAAGUACGCGAAACUCACUGAAGCGAUCGGCGAAGUGAUCGAGAACUUCUCCCUGGUCCGCUUCUACCCCCUCAACAUAAAGGAUGAGGAAAGCGUGGAGAAUAUCAUGCUGACCAUAGAUAAUAUUAUCCAGUAUGGAGAAGAUGCCGAUGUGAAUGUCAGAGACUUUGAUGAACCCGAUCCAGAGGAUGAUAACUGUGAUUAAAAGUAUUUUAAUAGA